AUGGACACUGAGACUUUUUCAAAAUGUCUGAAAUCCUCGACCCUUGAAUUCGAGAGCAUCCUCCUUCGCUUGAUACUACUCGGUCACAGCCCCCAAACUCUCAUUUUCCGUCAUCUCACCUCAUCAUCAACCCUGCAGGUUGCGUUGGAACUACCACAACUUACGUCCCAUCUCUCAUCUCACUGUCAUCCUCUUCGGCCCCACGAGGCGGUGUCACCUAUGGAAAACUCUUUGAAUCCUCCCGAUGAGAAGGGGAAUAGCCAUUCACGGUUGCGAGUGCGAUCAAAGGCAGCAGCAUAUGGUCAAGCCCAGAUGUCAGAAUAUGAAGGGACCAACAAGGCUCCCGGGUUUCUCUCGAGACAUAUCCCGGCCGCCACAUGCAGCCAUCACCAAUCACGCACAUCAGUUACCCCCAAUGUUGUGGCCAGCCCCAAAGUAGUGACCAGGCAAGGUAGUCGUAAAGUCAAGUGCAGCUCGACGCGAGUCGCAUCGCCCCUCCCCUUGUUCGUUAUUCGUACGUCCGGAGAUGGAGGGCGGGAGGAGCCACAUGCAUCCAUCACCUCCGGCAAUUGUCUUUCUCUCAUUGCUUCCCCUCAAUUCGUACUUCCCCUCUCACUCUAUUGUUCUCCAGAGAUUUUGUUCUUCAGCAGCGGUGCCCUCCCUCCUCGUUGGAUGUCGCUUGCUCAGAAUACUUCGAAUGGCAAUCCACACAACUUAGCCAUCCAGCCCAACAAGUUGUUGAGACUCAGAGGAUCCGACUUCUGCGAUCUUUCAGAUUGA